GUAAAUCCAACCUCAUGGACGCCAUCAGCUUCGUGCUGGGGGAGAAGACGAGCAACCUGCGGGUGAAGACGCUGCGGGACCUCAUCCACGGCGCCCCCGUGGGGAAGCCGGCGGCCACGCGGGCCCUGGUCAGCAUGGUCUAUGGGGAGGAGGGGGCCGAGGACCGCACCUUCGCCAGGGUCAUCGUGGGCAGCUCCUCCGAGUACAAGAUCAACAACCGCGUGGUGCAGCUGAGCGAGUACAGCGAGGAGCUGGAGCGGCUCGGCAUCCUCAUCAAGGCCCGCAACUUCCUCGUCUUCCAGGGCGCCGUGGAGUCCAUCGCCAUGAAGAACCCCAAGGAGCGCACGGCGCUCUUCGAGGAGAUCAGCCGCUCGGGGGAGCUGGCCCUCGAGUACGACAAGAGGAAGAAGGAGAUGGUGAAGGCCGAGGAGGACACGCAGUUCAACUACCACCGCAAGAAGAACAUCGCCGCCGAGCGCAAGGAGGCCAAGCAGGAGAAGGAGGAGGCCGACCGCUACCAGCGCCUCAAGGACGAGGUGGUGAGGGCCCAGGUCCAGCUCCAGCUCUUCAAGCUCUACCACAACGAAGCCGAGAUCGAGAAGCUCCACAAGGAAUUGGCUUCCAAGAACCGGGAGAUCGACAAGGACAAGAAGAGGAUGGACAAGGUGGAGGACGAGCUCAAGGACCGCAAGAAGGAGCUGGGCAAGAUGAUGCGGGAGCAGCAGCAGAUCGAGAAGGAGAUCAAGGAGAAGGACUCGGAGCUCAACCAGAAGCGGCCUCAGUACAUCAAGGCCAAGGAGAACACGUCCCAUAAGAUCAAGAAGCUGGAAGCGGCCAAGAAGUCGCUGCAGAACGCGCAGAAGCAGUACAAGAAGCGCAAGGGGGACAUGGAUGAGCUGGAGAAGGAGAUGGUGUCCGUGGAGAAAGCCCGGCAGGAAUUCGAGGAGAGGAUGGAAGAGGAGAGCCAGAGCCAAGGCCGGGACCUCACCUUGGAGGAGAACCAGGUGAAGAAGUACCACCGCCUCAAGGAGGAGGCCAGCAAACGCGCGGCCACCUUGGCCCAGGAGCUGGAGAAGUUCAACCGGGACCAGAAAGCCGACCAGGACCGCUUGGACCUGGAGGAGAGGAAGAAGGUGGAGACCGAGGCCAAGAUCAAGCAGAAGCUGCGGGAGAUCGAGGAGAACCAGAAGCGCAUUGAGAAGCUCGAGGAGUACAUCAGCACCAGCAAGCAGUCCCUGGAGGAGCAGAAGCGCCUGGAGGGGGAGCUGACGGAGGAGGUGGAGCUGGCCAAGCGCCGCAUCGACGAGAUCAACAAGGAGCUCAACCAAGUGAUGGAGCAGCUGGGGGACGCCCGCAUCGACCGCCAGGAGAGCAGCCGCCAGCAGCGCAAGGCCGAGAUCAUGGACAGCAUCAAGAGGCUUUACCCCGGCUCCGUGUACGGGCGCCUCAUCGACCUGUGCCAGCCCACCCAGAAGAAGUACCAGAUCGCCGUCACCAAGGUGCUGGGCAAGAACAUGGAUGCCAUCAUCGUGGACUCGGAGAAGACGGGCAGGGAUUGCAUCCAGUACAUCAAGGAGCAGCGCGGCGAGCCCGAGACCUUCCUGCCCCUCGACUACCUGGAGGUGAAACCCACUGACGAGAAGCUCCGCGAGCUGAAGGGGGCCAAGCUGGUGAUCGACGUGAUCCGCUACGAGCCCCCCCACAUCAAGAAGGCCCUGCAAUACGCCUGCGGCAACGCGCUCGUCUGCGACAACGUGGAGGACGCGCGGCGCAUCGCCUUCGGGGGCCACCAGCGCCAUAAGACGGUGGCGCUGGACGGGACCUUGUUCCAGAAGUCGGGGGUGAUCUCGGGGGGGGCCAGCGACCUGAAGGCCAAAGCGCGGCGCUGGGACGAGAAGGCCGUGGAUAAGCUCAAGGAGAAGAAGGAGAGGCUGACGGAGGAGCUCAAGGAGCAGAUGAAGGCCAAGCGGAAGGAAGCGGAGCUGCGCCAGGUCCAGUCCCAAGCCCACGGCCUCCAAAUGCGCCUCAAGUACUCCCAAAGCGACCUGGAACAGACCAAAACACGGCACCUGGCCCUCAACCUCCAGGAGAAGUCAAAACUUGAGAGCGAAUUGGCCAAUUUUGGGCCUCGCAUCAAUGACAUCAAAAGGAUCAUCCAGGGCCGGGAGCGGGAGAUGAAGGACCUCAAGGAGAAGAUGAACCAGGUGGAGGAUGAGGUUUUUGAGGAGUUUUGCCGGGAAAUCGGGGUCCGGAACAUCCGGGAAUUCGAGGAGGAAAAGGUCAAGAGACAGAACGAGAUCGCCAAGAAGAGGCUGGAGUUCGAGAACCAGAAGACGCGGCUGGGGAUCCAGCUGGACUUCGAGCGGAACCAACUGCGGGAGGACCAGGAGAAGGUGGCCAUGUGGGAGCAGGGCGUGCGCAAGGACGAGGCCGAGAUCGAGAAGCUCAAGAAGGAGGAGCAGCGGCACAUGAAGAUCAUCGACGAGACGAUGGCGCAGCUGCAGGACCUCAAGAACCAGCACCUGGCCAAGAAGUCCGAGGUGAACGACAAGAACCACGAGAUGGAGGAGAUCCGCAAGAAGCUGGGCGGGGCCAACAAGGAGAUGACCCACCUGCAGAAGGAGGUGACGGCCAUCGAGACGAAGCUGGAGCAGAAGCGCAGCGACCGCCACAACCUGCUGCAGGCCUGCAAGAUGCAGGACAUCAAACUGCCCCUCUCCAAGGGCACCAUGGACGACAUCAGCCAGGAGGAGGGAGGUGCAGGAGGGGAGGAGGCCGUGGGCAGCUCCCAGCGCUCCUCCAGCCUCUACGCCCGCGAGGCGCUCAUCGAGAUCGACUACAGCGACCUGCCCGAGGAGCUCAAGGACGCGCAGGCCGAGGAGGAGAUCCGGCAGGAGAUGAACCAGCUGCAGCAGCGGCUGACGGAGCAGCAGAGCGUGCUCCAGCGCAUCGCCGCGCCCAACAUGAAGGCCAUGGAGAAGCUGGAGAGCGUCCGGGACAAGUUCCAGGAGACCUCGGAUGAGUUCGAGGCGGCCCGGAAGCGGGCCAAGAAGGCGAAGCAGGCCUUCGAGCAGAUGAAGAAGGAGCGCUUCGACCGCUUCACCGCCUGCUUCGAGGCCGUGGCCACCAACAUCGACGAGAUCUACAAGGCCUUGUCCCGCAACAGCAGCGCCCAGGCCUUCCUGGGCCCCGAGAACCCCGAGGAGCCCUACCUGGACGGCAUCAACUACAACUGCGUGGCCCCCGGCAAGCGCUUCCGCCCCAUGGACAACCUCUCGGGGGGGGAGAAGACGGUGGCUGCCCUCGCCCUGCUCUUUGCCAUCCAUAGCUAUAAACCAGCCCCAUUCUUCGUGCUGGAUGAGAUCGACGCGGCGCUGGACAACACCAACAUCGGCAAGGUGGGGGUCCGGGAUGGGGGGGACACCCCCCCUAUGGGAUGUGGGGUGCUCCAAUUGAUAGAGAU